CCAUCGAAGCUCGAACACAUAUCCACUUAUUACUCGCAAUGGCCAACCCUGCCCUUUCUGCACCUCUCUAUGAUCGAAUCAGUCGUAGAAACAAUAUACCCAGAGCUAUUGAGCUCAUCAUCCUCUGCCUUAUCUUCUCUCUCCUAAUCUAUCGUCUUCUCUCCCUCAAAGAUCAUGGGUUCACUUGGGUUUUGGCUCUAUUGUGCGAGUCAUGGUUUACUUUCACUUGGGGUCUCAUUAUUAGCACCAAAUGGAACCAAGUUGAAUACAUGACUUACCCAAAACGUCUCUUGCAACGGAAGCUUGAGCUCCCUCCUGUGGACAUGUUUGUUACAACGGCAGAUCCUGUCCUGGAACCUCCUAUCCUCACAGUGAACACUGUACUAUCUCUGUUAGCUGUUGAUUAUCCAGCUGAUAAGUUGGCUUGCUAUGUAUCUGAUGAUGGGGCUUCACCUCUCACCUUCUACUCUCUUGUUGAAGCUUCCAAAUUUGCAAAGAUUUGGGUUCCAUUUUGUAAGAAGUACAACGUUCAAAUCAGAGCUCCCUUUCGAUUCUUCUCUGUUGAAUCUACAUCACCUCAAGAUGUUUCACUAGAGUUCCAACAAGAAUGGAAAAGGAUGAAGGGUGAAUAUGAAAAGCUUAGCCAAAAAAUUGAAGAUGCUUCCAGAAGGUCCCAGCCUUGUGAACUCACGGGCGACUUUGCUGAUUUCUCAAAUAUACAACGCAACAACCACCCCACUAUAAUCAAGGUUAUAUGGGAGAACAAGGAAGGAGUAUCGAAUGGAGUGCCCCAUGUUAUCUACAUAUCCAGAGAGAAGCGUCCAAAGCAACCACAUCAUUUCAAGGCUGGCGCUAUGAAUACUCUGACAAGAGUAUCAGGAAUGAUAACAAAUGCACCAUUCAUGCUGAACUUGGACUGUGAUAUGUACGUUAAUAAUCCUCAAAUAGUGGUUCAUGCAAUGAGUUUACUGUUGGGAGUUACCAAUGAAAGGGACUGUGCAUUUGUUCAAUCUCCUCAAAUCUUCUAUGAUGGAUUAAAGGACGAUCCUUUUGGCAAUCAAUUGGUGGUUUUGUACGAAGUAAGUCAAUUGUGAAUACAAUUUUUUAAU